UGCCUCUCCUGUAUCCUCUCCACAUGCUGCAACCCUCUCCACUGUCAUCGUUGUAGGUGAAGUUACUGAGGGAACCCGAGCUGCCCUUGCAGGCUGCCCCAGAUGGACCCCCAGGGGCAGGAUAGGGCAGAGGCACCGCUGGAGGGAUGUGCAACGGCCACAGUGCCGGAGGGUGCCCGGUGGGAGCAGCAGCUGGCAGGGCAGUGGUCGGUGGAGCAGGUGGGUGCCUGGCUGGCUGCCCGGGGCGGCGCCGAGGAGCUGGUGGAGCUGCUCCGUGAGCACCAAGUGUCCGGCCGGGUCCUGCUGCGGCUGACGGACAGGAGCCUGCGGCGCAUGGGGGUGGUCCCGCGGAGCCGGCGCCGGGAGCUGCUGCGGCUGCUGCUGCAACUGCGGCUGCGGCAGGAGCUGAGGGAGCUGCUCAGCAUCGUGGGGGAAUGAAGAUGAUGUCCCUGUGGAAGUCCUGGAGCCUGCAGGAGGAGAGAUGGUGCCAUGGGGAGGACCCAGCAGGAGCUGGAAGUGAUCACAUGAGAAAAGAGAGGUGCUGAGGGGAGCCCCGAAGUCACCAUGGCCCCCUGAAGAUGCCCAUACCUGGCCAGUGCUGCCAGGCGAGGCACCAAGAGGUGGCCACCAGACUCCUCACACCACUGUUGACUUCCAUGGAAUCCCAUGAGCUCUGGCGAGCUGGGGUGAGCCCUACCAGUCCCACAGCCUCAGAAGAUCUGCUACAUCCAUGCCCUAGAAGUGCCUCUCCAGCCCCUCCUCUGACCAGCCUGACCUAGGACAGGGUGUCCCUGCCCAUGGCAGGGGGGUUGGAACUGGCUGCUCCUUGUGGUCCCUUCCAGCCCUGACUGAUUCUAUGAUCCUAUAUCUGCGUAUCUAUUACACGUCUGGUGCAUCUCUCUGGUGGCCUUUGAGAGGUCAUGGGGCCCCCUGCCAGAAUUUCUACAGCUGUCCUCUGCAUAAACUCUUGGUCUCUUCUUCCUUAUUUGCUAAUUUCUGUUCUCAUUUACCAAGUUUCGAGCAAGCUCCCAAGAGAAGUUUAUCACCCGAGCUUCAUGUCCCGUGACACCUCAGCUACCAAAGCCUCAUUGGUCUUAAGGUUCUUCAUCCCUGUGUAGUCUUCCCUUUGCCCUUGCACCCACCACCAGUUCUGCUGGACAUGGCACUGCCUUAAAACAACGCCCACCCAAAGGCCUGAAGACACAAGACCUAAUGGCAUCACUGCACUGGGGAAAUGCCUCAUCUUGGUGCCCAGGGCUGGCAGGGGGGCAGAACCUCAAUAAACAUCUUCCUGAUCAUGAGAGAGAAGCUCCUGCUCCCAAAUUUCGAUCAAGGCUGAUCCAAGAAGUUGCACAUCCUGGCUCUGGCCAGGAGGUCUGUGUCCAAGA